AUGCUAAGUAUGAACCAUUUCUUGAACCAAGAAAGUCUGCCUUUGGCAUCUAUUGCCUCCACCACCCACCACCAUCACAAGGAUGGAUGGAGGAGAAAAGUACAAUCUCAAAAGACUUGUGGAAUCAAAGAGGCAGCUCAUUCUCCACUUUCGGCCCUCUCGAUCUUUUUCCUCUACUCGUCCCAGCGGGACUCUACUGGACUGACUAGCCACAACAGUGAGCUGAAAUUUCGCCUGCAAGCUAUGGAACAACAAGCUCAACUCCGGGAUGCACUUAAUAAAGCUUUAACAGCCGGGGUGCAACGUUUGAAGCUUGCAUCUGCUGAACUUAGCGGAGAUCCUUCCAAGUUUCAACAGCUUUCUAUUAAUUCCCAGCAGUCCCAGCAGUUCCAGUUAUGCCAACAGCAGGCAACUCGACAGAACAUACAACAGCAGAUGGCUAUUUUGCUCCAGUGA